UAUAAGGAAUUUCAUCAUUGUGAAUAAAAUAUCCAAUCUCAAACUGCUAACGAAUACACUGCUCGAUACACCCGACACAUCGACACUAAAAUAUCGAAGAUCGAAGCCAAAAUAUCGAUAUCAGUGAGUAUCGAUACCGGAUCGGGAGUGAGAGAAGACAGUUCGGAGCCAGAGCGUACAAACUCGUACGCAAAAGCUGAAAAAAUGUUUUCUUCACUAGCAAUUACACGUAAUCUUAGGCAAGGACUGAGGAUCCUCUCAAACACUUACGAGACAUCCCUCGUCCCCUCAAUAACCCACAUUCAAAAUGUCUCCACAACCCCAGAAACAAAAGGCGACGCAGUUCCAGCGAAAAGGGAGAAAAUCCCUUACAGUCCUUUCCAGAACACCAACAACAUGGCAGAGUAUGCACUGGCCCGUAUGGACGAUCUCCUGAACUGGGGGCGUAAGGGCUCGCUCUGGCCAUUGACCUUCGGUCUCGCCUGCUGUGCUGUGGAGAUGAUGCACAUUGCAGCUCCCAGAUACGACAUGGACAGAUUCGGAGUCGUGUUCAGAGCAUCGCCCAGGCAGGCUGAUGUUAUCAUUGUAGCUGGAACACUCACGAAUAAAAUGGCACCUGCACUGAGGAGAGUAUAUGAUCAAAUGCCUGAACCCAGGUGGGUCAUCUCCAUGGGGAGCUGCGCUAAUGGAGGAGGGUAUUAUCACUACAGUUAUUCAGUUGUCAGAGGGUGCGAUCGAGUUAUUCCGGUGGACAUUUACGUACCUGGUUGUCCCCCAACAGCUGAGGCACUUCUAUACGGUAUUCUCCAACUCCAGAAGAAGGUGAAGAGAAUGCAAACCACCCAAGUCUGGUACAGGAAGUAAUGAAACGAUAAUCUAGGAUACAGUCAUCACCAUAAGCUUAAACCCGAUGGAUCGUUUUUGUAGUCACCAAUGAUAGUCGUAACCAAAUCAACUACGAUCUUUCUUGUAACUAAAUCGCCGUUGUACAUCCGAAUUGGGACGAAAAUACCUGUAAAGUUGAAUAAAUUUACGAUUGUUUUUUUUCUUCAAAAA